GUUGGCUCUGCUGUGUACAGCUGCUGCUGAUUCCCCUGCCUGGUGAGUAACCCUCUCUCUUGCCGAAUCUCUACAUAUGGGAGAAACUGGACCGUAUGGCGUGCUAUUACCUUGUCAUCAGCUCCACGCAUCUCAGCAAUGGCCAUUUCCGAAGCAUUAAGGGAGUUUUCAGGGGGCCGCUCUGCAAGACUACAGGGAGUGAAUUACCGGAUUAUGCUGAAAAGGAGAAAGCCAUAGCGAAAGCUCUGGAGGAUCUGAAGGCUAAUUUCUACUGUGAAUUAUGUGACAAGCAGUACCACAAACACCAGGAGUUUGACAAUCACAUAAAUUCCUAUGACCAUGCUCACAAGCAGAGGCUGAAAGAAUUAAAGCAAAGGGAAUUUGCUCGCAAUGUUGCUUCCAAGUCCUGGAAAGAUGAAAAGAAACAGGAAAAAGCACUUAAGCGUCUCCAUCAGCUGGCUGAGCUGCAGAAGCAGUCUGAAUGUGGUCCUGGAAGUGGGCCAAUGUUUAGAGCCACCACAGUUGCCGCAGAAGACCAGCAGCAGGAGAGAACAUUCACAGACAAGGCUGAUGGGAAAGGACAACGUUAUAUACUUAUUGGAGAUGGAAACUAUAUGGCUGGCACAACUUCCAGUAACCCACAGGAACUUCCUGACACCAGAGAACAAUUGCACAAAUCAAUUGGAAAGAUUGGUAUACAGUUAGCUGCAGAUUACAACAACCAAAGAGCGGGGGUCUCCUUUUGCUUCUCUAAAAAGGCCCAGAUGAAGCUAGAGUCAUCUGCAUCAGUUUUCAGUGACACCACAGAGGAGGCCAAUGAUAGAGAAGAGCUACAUGGUCAGAAAGGAAAGCAAAUAGCUGAAACAUUUCGAGCUCACAUACCUUCACCAGGAGAUACUGCAGAUGAAAAAGAACCAAAAGAACAACAGAUGAAUAACAAAACACAAAACAAACAGGAAAAAGACACUGAAUUCUACCAAAGUGUGACCGCACGUAGCACAACUGACAAGGAAGAUUUUCCCUUAAUAGUAUUCACUGGAUCUUUUGAAAAUACUGAAUUAGACAAAGGACUACCAGGGUUAAGCCACGGUCCUGAGGCAGAUUUAGACAAUAAUGAAUCUAAUGCAUCCAACUGUUUUGCAGCAAGAGAUAACAGCAGUAAAGACACCCAUGCUGAGGGAGACUCAAGCUAUCAACAAAGAAAGGUUCUCAUUGAGGAGUUCCCUGAUACUGAGCCAGGCACACACAUGACCUUUGAUUCAGACAGGGUCAAACCUGAAGAAUCCUUGGGCAAUAUACGUGCAGCAGAUGAUGAGUGUGCUUUUAAACAGGCAUGUGGGGAGUCAAGUAGACUGACUAAAACAAUAGGGCCCUUCCUUGAUGUUCUAAACAGAGAUGGAUCUAUGAUGUUGAAAUGGCCAUCUGAACUGUUAUUGCAUACUAAGACUGAACCCUGCAUUUCGUAUAGCUGCAACCCUCUAUAUUUUGAUUUCAAACACUCAAGAAAACACAUUACACAAGAUGGCACAUUGUCAGUAGAGACAGAAUACUGUAAUGCAGACAUGGCAGAUGAAGAAAGCAAAGAAACUAUUGUUGAGUUGCAAACUCAGAAUUGGGAAACAAAUCAGUCAGAGUUCUUCAAACCAAAGAAGGUGAAGCAGUAUAAAGCACGCCAAACCCUGAAACUAAAAUUAGAAGCUGUUAACAAAGCAAGCAGUAGUUGUAAGCACAAUAUAAAAUCUAAAGAUGGAAGAGGGUAUAGACAACAUGAUGUGACACACAAUGAAAGUGUCAAUGCAAAAAGGUUUGGCUUUAAGAAACGGAAGAGAUCUCUAAACGAUGAAUCCUCAAAUGAAAGUGACGUGGCGGAGCACAGUAAAAAAAAUAACAGCAGUCCAUUUUCCUCUUCAGAGGAUAUCGGCCAAAAUUUUUACGAAGAAGCACCUGAAACUGACUGUUGGUUGAAGUCAAAGAAUGAUUUUUUGGACUCUAUUUCUAAUAUUGGAGAUUCUAAAAAGGAAAUCUACAGAAAGACUCUUAGUGAUAAGUCAAGUUCCUACAGCAGCUAUUCGGAAAUGGAUACUGAUAGCGAGUCUUGGAGGUAUUCAUCCUCUUUUGAUUCAUCUCACAGGUCAUCAUCAGAAAGAGGUUCCAGUUACUCCAGAACUUAUGGUGUCACAUCCAGCUGUAGCAGAACUUACUCCGGUUGUAGAUCCAGUGAUGAUAAUACAAGCAGCAACUCAUAUCAUUGUUCAGCCAGAAAGUCCCAUCAAGAUUACAAGAAUACCCAUCGGCAUAAAAUGAAAAACUAUUCCUCAUCUUCUGAGACCAUUGAUGAUGAUGAGUACUUCAGACACAGUAGAAGCAGGGAAAGGAAAAGAAGCAGGGAGCAUGGGACAACUCAGAGCCGAAGUAGAAUUUCACACAGUAGCAGCACUUCUGAUCAAAGUAGUGACUGGAAAAGAUAUUCUAAUCUACGUUCCAGAUCCACUAGAAGAAGUCACCGUUCCGAUAAAUCCGGAUCUAAGUCUAGGCAUUCAAGCAGCAACAGUGACAGGAAGUUAAGUCAGAGGAGGUCUAGGUCAUUUUCAAAAGACAGGUUGUAUUGCUUGAAACCCCCAUUAGCUAAGAACAGAGAGAUGGUUAAGGACACAGGAAGACAACACCAAACUGAAACAGGAGAUCCUGCACAGAACUGCAGCAGAAAGUAUGCAGUUAAUUGUCAUAAGAAAAGGUUUCCAGCUGAUAAAACUAAUGGAGGAAAACAUCUUCUUGAACAAUUCCAUCCCAAGGAACCUUAUGAAGAGAAGACACAUACAAAGGCAUUGAACAUAAGCAGUGUAAAACUGAAGGAUCCACCCCAGGUUUACUUUGGGUCUCAUAUCCCAUCACUACUCACCAAUGCACCAGCAUUACCCUUAAUUGGAAAAUUGCCUGCUGUCAAAAAAAGUUGCAAAAAAGAGGAGCACAAUAGAAAUAAAAGAAGAGAUAAAGUGGAGGUUCUUGAAAACAAGGCAAUUGGGGCUCUCAUUGGUCCUAAACAGUCUGAGAUUCGGUUUUGUGAAGGGGAAGUCACAGAGUGCAAUCUUCAGAGCUCGGAGGUGGUACUGAUUGAAGGACAACUGCUACACACUGAAGGAAAGGAACUCAGUCGACAGAACUACUGCCCAGUUUUUCAAGGACUACCUGAGGCAUGUUCCUUUUCUGUUAAUUCCACUGAGGAGGAGAAAGCCCAGUUAUCGAAUACUGAAAAACACUUUGCUUCAAGGGAAGGCUCCCAGCAGUAUCCUUUAAAGACUAAAAUGCAGAACAUGGAGGAAACAGAGCUUCAGUUUGAGAACUCAAAAUGCAUUACAUCGCCUCUGACUGAACAGCCAAUAACCUUCACACCGGAUGAAAUCGACAAGUACAGACUGCUGCAGCUCCAGGCUCAGCAGCAUAUGCAGCAGCAGCUGCUGGGGAAGCACGUGAAGGUACUACCAUCUCCUGCUGAGGUACCCACUUUCAGCCCCGUGCCAGCCUUUCAACAAGUCCCUCUUCUGCAAUCCAACCCCAUUACAAGCAUCCACCAGGCGCUCAUUCAGCACCAUGCGGUGGCAGCCUUUACAUCUGCCAUGCAACCCCAUGGCAGCCUACAGCCCUUGGCACACAUUCACCCUUUCCCUCAGCCACACUUAAAUCGAAUUUCUCUUUCGCCAUUUGCUCCAGCGAUUUUUCCUGCCCACCCAGCUGCUCUGCUGGCAGGCCACCCCUUGCAUUUUAUUCCAGCGUCCUCCUUCCACCCAGCCCAUCUGGCUUUUCAUCCAAUGCCACACAGCUCCCUUCUUCCCACCUUCCUAGCUCCUAGGCCAGUCAUGGCAGCUGCUGCUGCGUCUGCUCUCCAUCUAAACCCUUACCUUCAUACUCUCUUCCCAGGACAGGAUUUGCAGCCCCACUCUGGCCCCAGCACUUGAGUGCGCACAAACCCCUUAGCGAAUAUAGAGCUGUGGCCAAAAGUUUUGC